GGAAAAUCCCCCUCCAUGUUUCAUCUCUGCAACCUUUGCUGCCAGCCUUUUGCCAUCACCUACUCCCAACCUAUCACCAUCUACCAUAUAUGCCAAUUCCAGCCUUCUGCACCAACAACUAGAACACAAGGAGCUACUGCAGUUUUGGGAAUACUGAUCCAUACUCCAGCUGUCCCAAGGUUCGCUUGCAGGAUGGCACCUAUCUGGCUCAUCGGCUUCCUAGUGCUGGCAUUGUCCUCUGUAUACUGCACUGUUCUUCAUUCACAACAGGAAAUGUGGUUUCAGGGUCUCUUUCCAUCUAACAUGUGCCCUGCCAGUGUCAGUGCCUACACCUUUUAUGGCAUCAUGUUUGAUGCAGGUAGCACCGGAACUCGAAUUCACAUUUAUACCUUUGUACAGAAGAAUCCAGAACGGCUUCCUGAGCUGGAAGGGGAGAUCUUUGAAUCUGUGAAGCCAGGUCUUUCUGCUUAUGCCAGUGAGCCAAAAAAGGGUGCAGAAACUGUCAGAAUACUGUUGGAAAUGGCCAAAGAAGCUGUGCCACGAAGUCAUUGGAAGAAGACCCCAGUGGUGUUGAAAGCUACUGCUGGGCUGCGGCUGCUAUCGGAGCAGAAAGCCCAGGCUCUGCUCCUGGAGGUGAGAGAAGUCUUUGAGGAAUCACCGUUUCUCGUUCCAGACAAUAGUGUUAGCAUCAUGGAUGGAUCUUAUGAAGGAAUUUUAGCCUGGAUCACUGUGAAUUUUCUGACAGGGCAGCUAUAUGGCCAGAACCAGCAGACAGUUGGGACUCUGGACCUGGGAGGAGCCUCAACUCAAAUCACAUUCCUGCCACGCUUUGAGGAAACCUUGGAGCAAACCCCUGUGGAUUUUCUUUCCUCGUUUGAAAUGUUCAAUAGCACAUACAAGCUCUACACCCAUAGUUAUUUGGGAUUUGGACUGAAGGCUGCCAGACUAGCAACGCUUGGAGCCUUGGAAAUAAAAGCAGGGGAUGGACAGAUGUUGCGAAGCUCCUGUUUGCCAAAGCAACUAGAAGCAGAAUGGCAUUUUGGGGGAGUGAAAUAUCAGUAUGGUGGCAACAGAGAAGGGAAAACUGGAUUUGAGCCUUGCUAUGCAGAAGUGGUGAAGGUUGUACAAGGAAAACUACACCAGCCAGAUGAGAUACGCAGGAGCUCCUUCUAUGCCUUCUCAUAUUACUAUGAUCGAGCUGCUGACACCAACAUGAUAGAUUAUGAAAAGGGAGGAGUUCUAGAAGUGAGCGAUUUUGAAAGGAAAGCUAAAGAAGUGUGUGAUAACAUGGAGAUGUACACAUCAGCCAGCCCUUUCCUAUGUAUGGAUCUCACUUACAUCACUGCUUUACUCAAAGAAGGCUUUGGAUUUAGGGAUAACACACUCCUACAGUUAACAAAGAAAGUGAACAACGUAGAGACAAGCUGGGCCCUGGGUGCUACAUUUCAUCUGCUGCAGUCUUUGGGACUCACCCAUUGAACUGCACCCCUGUGGACACUGACCUUUCCAGAAGGAAGCAAACAAAGUUCAAAUCUCAAUAUGCACUGCACAGCUGGAGUCAAUCCUGCAGCAAAACAUGGACCAAAGUCAUGGAAUCAGUUUCCCAAAGGCAGUUUCUGACUGCUGUCUGCUAGGUUCUCAUGAAGUGGGAGCUGCUCCAGUACAGUUUAUGAGUAAUGUGAUUUCCUAAAUAGAUGCAGAAGCUGCCUCCUGAGAGUCAAAGGACCUCCACUCCAGCUGAGUAGCCUGAUCAAAGACAAUGAGCUCAGAGGCAGCUUCAGCUAAUGCAUCUGCACACACAGCCUGUUACCAGCUGUUCAGUGUCAUCAUGCUCUGCAGGCUGCAGAACUUUGACCUGUGACUUUUUUUUAAUAUAUGAAACUGAAGUUUGGCCCCAGGGAAUUAAAAAAAACACCAUAGGCAUUCAUAGCAGAGCAAGUUCUCCCUGUUGGUGUAACCCUCCUUGUUCAAGGUACUUAAUCACUGGGAGACAGACUAGCUAAUCCUGGAAGGGCUUCAGCCUUUCAGGAUUUGCCAGUUUGGGGAGUGGGGGGCAGGAGAGGGGUAAUGGAUGCAAGUGUUUCUUGGACAGGAAUUGGAGGGAAGGCCUUUGGCUGAAGCUGACAGUCAUUGGCUCUCCUGGGGUUGGCAGCCAGGAUCCUUCUUUCCUGAUCUUCCCAUUGAUCAGUGCAAUACUAAGAACAGCAUGGAACCAGACUCUAGUUCUGUGUUCAAAGGUUGGUGGUUAAAGAACUAUGGUGAAAUAGAAGCAGAUGCUGAAGUACAAGGGAACCAUGGGCUGGAGCAAGAGAGGAGUCAAUUUGGUUCCUGUUCUUCAGGUCAGAAUCUGAUAGAUCAGUCCACUCCUCUUUAGGUUGUGCCUUAAUCCUUGGAAUCACAGCACUAAAACUCCUGCUCCCACUGGCUUAAUGCAACAGAACUGGGCCCACAGCACACAAGUCUAAGCCAGCCAGGGAAGUAGGGCGAGUGUGGGUGGAAUAUACAGUUCCCAUUUUAUACAGCCAUUCCAGGCUCCCUGCACUAGGGGUUGUUUUUAAUGACUUAUACAGCUGGUCUGUAGAAACAGGACCCCAUUUCUUCCACAACCCAGCACUGCAUUAGGCCAUUGAUCUAAUACUUUGUUUAUCAAAGGACAGUCUUAACUGCUUAACAUGAAAGAGACUGUAGGAGUAAACAGGUUAAAUAUUAAACCAAAAAUGGUCCCCAUCAGAUGGCUUAGAAAAGUGGUUCUAUGGAGACACGAGUGUAGUGGAAUCUUAGCUCUCUGGCUCAAUCAGCUCCUGUUAAUACCAUGAUAAAAUACCUUACCUUGUUCAGCACAAACAUACUAGUUCCAGGAUGAAAGAGUGAAUGGUCCAGGUAGAUAGCAUCUGAGAACUAGCUAUCUAGCCAUCCCCUAUUCUGAGCCACUGCUGUGAUGCAAGGAACCAGCGACCAGAGAUAAGAUCAACUGCCUCUACAAAUGGCAAAGGGAGGGGAUGGAUGAUGCAAACAAAAAAAGAAGGGGCAAUAGAAGAUCUACCCUGAAGGGAUGUAAAGCCUGGUUUUGGUUGAAAUGAGUAAGAGGCUAGGGAAUAAUGUGGGUACAAUUCAGAAUUAGUGAAUUCUUUCUGUUCUUAGCAUCACACUUGGGCAGUACAGCCCCCAGGGGGAAACGCUUUUCCUUGUACCAAAGCUGAGAUGCUCAGGGCCUUGAUUUGUCAGUUUGCACAAUUUACUAACAAGCAUAUCUGCGGCUUCAAGCUAGGAGCCCAGUCCUGAAGUCUUUGCAUACGCAGCUCUCCAGAGCAGUUCUUUCUGCAUGAGGACAGCAGUAUCAGGUCCCCAGGCUUUCCAUUUUCCUUAUCCCGGGGUGGGUUGGGGACAUGCCUUGCUUUUCCAUGUUCCCCCACCUGUCCCAGAGCAAUGAGAUUAUCUGUGUGUUCAACAAUAAGCAUGACACUGCCUUGUUAGAGAAGGGUGCUACCUGCAUCACUGUGGAGGAGAAAAAGGAGAUAACUGACAAACAGUCUUUUAGCUAGUCAUUAACAGGAUCUGAUUUUCUAACAGAAGUGACAAGAGCCUAAGAGAAAGUCUUUACUCGUAGGCAAAAUUUACAUGUCCCUUUGUGUAAUGCUAAUUCCUGGUUCUGGUUAAUUGUACAUAAUGGUAAAGCUAUAAAUUCUGCCACCUGGCAGCACUCGCGUCACUUAUCACCGUAAUGUUUAAUACAGGGACCUGGUGUUUGGUACAUUAAGACGGGGCCUCUUGAAUAUCUAUUUUAGUAAUUAAAAUGCUAUUUUUAACAAUA